GCGACGGGAGGUAAUAGGAAUACUCCGCGGCUAACGAUAGCAAGGUACACAAAUAGGGAUUUAAUUCACUUUCGGUCUUCGCUGACACUCUGGAGGUCUUCAAAAAGCAGCAGGAGGACAUAAUUUAAGAUAAACUCCUCGGUUUUCCUGCCACAUUCCCACCGAGACGAGCGGCGAGAACGACAGACUCCCGCUAAUCCCGAGAAGAGGGGGAGCGGCCUGCUUUUGUAGCCGGCUUCCCGGUGCACUUAGGCGGCGAGCACUGUCACGACAGCCCGGUGCUUCAGCUGGUUUAUUUUUCUUCACACCAACAGAAGCGUCGGAGCUUUAAAAUUCACUUUAUUUUAAUAACUUGAGAAUCUCCACCGCCUGUUUCCUUCACAACGACGUGCUGCCGUCGGUAUUUCUCGCCGGAGAGGAGCGUUUGAAGCCGGGGCGGCCUGUUUUGUUUUCGAGCCGCCUUGAAUCUCCGCGAACAAUAACACAACCAUAACGAGCCUGCUGGGGCUGCACCGCCGAGCCAAACUGGAGCCACGGAAGCCUCGGUGCCAGUUAGUAAAUGCACUGUGUGACUCCAGCGCUGGACCGACGUGAAGAACCGGGACGAGCAUGCAUGCGGACUAUGGAGUUACCCGGGGGAAAGCGCUGCAAACCGGAGCAAUUUGUCACGAAAGCCCCUGUUUGAAUUUCGGAGCUAGCUGCAAGCAAAAAGGCCACUGACGGAGGAAAGAGCGCCACACGAUGCUUUGUCUAAUCAUAACUCGCGGAUUAUAUGGAAACAACCGACUUGGAUGAAUUUAUUUGCACACCCGGCCUGCUUUUGGAUGCACUUGAAGUCAUUUUCAGUCAGCAUUCAGAGCAUCAUAUUGAGGAUGGAUUGGAUGUGACUUGGGAUGAGUAACCUCGAUUGCUCCCUGCGCAGACUGCUAUAUAUGUGGGAUUUACCGACGGGGAACUGAGGCAUUUUAUAUCCAUCUAUGCUCUCUUUAAAGCCACCGGACUCCUCUCACAAAAAAAAUACCGCACAGAAAAAACGGGGAGUCGCAGGUGUCACUUUGUUUGUGUUUUUGCGUGACUUUGGUGUUUUAACGUAUUAAUCGCAUCUUCGCGGACCGGACCGGACGGGAGCCCCGGGACAGGCAGCUGAGAUGAACCCGGUGAAUGCGACCUCUCUCUACGUGUCCGCGAGCCGUUCGGUGCUGCAGUGCGACCCCCGAGACCCCCGGGCCCUCGCGGAGCUCUGCAAGCUGCUGCCGUUUUUCCGCCAGUCCCUGUCCUGCCUGGUCUGCGGUAACCUGCUGCAGGACCCCAUCGCUCCCACCGACUCGUCAUGUCAGCAUUACGUCUGUCGAGGCUGUAAAGGUCAGAGGAUGCAGCUGAAGCCAUCAUGUAGUUGGUGUAAGGACUACUCUCGCUUUGAGGAAAACCGGCAGCUCUCCUUGCUCGUCCACUGUUACAGGAAACUCUGUCUCUACAUCACACAGUCGCCGCUCGCUCCACACAUAGCCAGCGCCGCCAGCGACUCGCCAGACCUCCAGGCCAUCCUCAACGAGGGUCUCACUUUGGCUGAGAGCGAGCCGGAGGCGGAGGAUGUGUCAGAUUCAGCCGGCCUGUCGCAGACGGCCUCCACCUCUGAUGUGGUGCAGCCUGAUGAAGCGCCGCCUACAAAGGAUCUAAAGGCGGAGGAGCCGAGCCCCAUCAGCAUAAACGGGCUGCAUGACUGUAACGGCCUGGUCAGUUCGGACUCUCUGCAACCCAUCACCAUAGAAACAGGUGGAGGUGUUGCGAAGCAGGAGAGCUUCUCGGAGGAGAUCCCGGUGUGUGUGAGCGUCACGGGGACGGGGGAGGCGGGGCUUUGUGACAUCGGCACCUUCGGGGAUGACCUGAAACAUGGCGGCGGGUCGUUGUUGUUGAGUGUUGAGGAGGUGCUCAGGACUCUGGAGACGGAUACUGACCCUGACCCUCAGCCAGACUGCCCCCCCUCUGUACCUCAGUCCAGUCUCAACGGGCCUCACUGUCCCGGCCCAGACUCCUCCCGCCUCAUCCCCUCCCUCCCCCGAGGGAACAGCCCUCGCCCACUUCAGCCUCACCCACAGCCCUCACUGCAGCCUCCCCCUCAGCCCUCCACCGUCAUCCCCUGUGUCCCCCCUCGGUACCACCGCAAACGCUCCCGCUCAGAGAGCGACAGCGAGAAGGUGCAACCCCUCCCUAUCUCCAGCCUCCUACGAGGGCCUCCCCUCGGUGCCAACAGCUCCCCUCACCACCCUAACCCCGGUGCCACCACCAAACAGGAGCCCAAGUUCCCCGCCGCCACGCCCCCCCCCCCCCUGGCCCCGGUUCCUAACGGCGGCCCCCCCAAGGUGGGCAAGACUGUGCUCGUCUCCAACAAGGCACUGAAAAAGACUGUGGAACACCACGGGGGCCCCAAGAAGGCUUACACCAAGGCCAGGCAAGGGGCCCCUAAGCCCCGCGCACAACCUCGUGACAGAGUACCCCCACACCCCCACGCUCACCCCCUGACACACCCACCCAGCCCCUCGAAGCCACUGUACAAGAAGCCUGUGGAGAAGAAGGGCUGCAAGUGUGGCCGAGCCACACAGAACCCCUCAGUGUUGACCUGCAGGGGGCAGCGCUGCCCCUGCUACUCCAACCGCAAGGCGUGUCUGGACUGUAUCUGCCGCGGCUGCCAGAACUCUUACAUGGCCAACGGAGAGAAGAAGCUGGAGGCCUUCGCCGUGCCGGAGAAAGCUCUGGAACAGACUCGCCUCACGCUGGGCAUCAACCUCACCAGUAUCACGGCGGCGGCCCUCCGCAGCCCGGCAACCAGCUCUCCUGGCAACACCCUUCUCAACGUCACCACGGCUACGGGGGCGCCCGUCACGGCCACCUUCCUGUCGGGGGCCGGGCACGACAACAGGGGCUUUGAGGAUUCACUGGAGAUGCGGUUUGACUGCUGAGGCCUCGCCCCUCCUCCGGUCAGUCACAUUCCCCGCCCCGCCAUCUGGGCGUUAUCCAUCUGGGCGUGCCAGGGACCUGCGGUGGCGGAGCCAGAACAAGGCAGCUACAGUGACAGGCGAUAGCGAGGGUCACCAGCUGAAGCUGAGGAGUCGCCCUCCACCCAUCGCCCGAAACUGCCCCAUGCUUGUGGUCGUGCAUACAGAUCCAGUGUGAAGGAGAGAGGAGAUGUAGCGUUACUGUAUGUGCAGAGAUUUCCUUUCAGUGCGGAUAGUUUUCGUUUUCUUCUCUACUAUGGGUAAUGUGUAGAGCAUGUUGUGUAGCUAAGGUGGGAGUGUGGGCCGCGGUCGCACGCCGCUCUGUGUGUGUGUGUGUGUGUGUGUGUGCGCGAGCGAGCAUGUGAGUGUGUAUGCGCGAGGGGAAGGGUUUGGUUUGGAGUUAUUAGCAGGAACAGAGACAUCAUCAUCAUCAUCAGAGACUCGUGUAAUUUAUAUAAAAGAAAACUUUUUGUACAUGGACGUAUCAGUUUCCAUUUAAGAAGACGUUUUAUGAUAUAUUUUAUAAGUUACAUUAAAAACCAAUGGAAGAUGGUGCAGGGAUGCAUUCAACCAGAAUAUUUUCACACAAGUAGUAUUAUGUCUGUUUUGCUCGACCACUAGAAAUAAAAUAACCUGCUAAAAAAACAUUUACAAUAAUAACAUUUUUAAUAACUUUAGCCACAAGAACCGGGACGUGAUUUUAACACCACCAGCCAAAUGUAAGUGUCAGUUUCGUCUGUUGAAUGUUUAAACGUCGUGAGUCACCAAAACAUUAUUCUGAUUCUGAUUCUAUGUUAUUUAUGCUAAAAAUCCCUGAUGAAAUGGUGAAUCUUAUAGGAAACCAACCGUUGUGGCUGAUGGAAGAUCGCCUUUUGAUUGGCGAACGUGAGUUUAUCAUUUCUGUGUUCUUGUAUGAAGCACUUUUCCCCCUUUUUUCGUUCACAUCUUAAAAACCACCUCGUUUCCCGUCUGUCCUCACUUGUGUUAAAGACUCUGGUUGAUUGCAGCCCCCCGCACGUUGUUAUUCACAAGAUUUUGGUUUCUGGAAGCUACACACAUGCUGCUAAAAAAACACAAAGGACUCUAGAAGGAGAGCACACCUGUUUUCCUCGUCUUUUUCUUUUUGUUUUAUUGUUUUUAAUAAGUUGCGUUAACAACAUUUUGCAGUAUUUAUUGGACGUCUCCUAACAUAGGUUACGUGUCGGGCGUCGGUUUCGCCCACUCUGCCUGUCGAGUCUGUCGAUCCGGUCUGGACUGUUCCUGUCUCAGUUAAGUUGCUGUCUCCUUCUUAGUGUUAGUCUCUAAAACAGUUUUUGUUCUCCCUCGGGGCAUUUAAAUACCUGUAAUAUAUCUGUAACAUAUUUCCACAAAAAAGAAAGAAAAUCAAAAA